AUGGCGCCGUUUGAAGUAGACUGGUCUGAGCUUCCAAAGGAUCUCUUGGGUUCAGUCCUACAACGUCUCCCCAACGUCGUCGAUAUCAUCCGUUUCAGUGCUGUCUGCACCUCAUGGCAUUCCGUUGCAUAUGAUAAAUCAUACUCAUCAGCGCCUCAACUUCCAUGGCUGAUGCUCCCUUACAAACUAGGCCAUGAAGGAAAAGAAACCCGCAACUUCCUCAAUCUCUCAGAAAAUAAGAUUUACCAGAUCAAACUCCCAGAGAUCCGACACAGCAGAUGCGUUGGUUCCUCUUUCGGUUGGCUUGUUAUUCUCGAUAGAUUCUGCCAUGCUCUUCUCAUGAACCCUUUUUCUGGUGCCAUAAUCCAUCUCCCACCUACUGAAACAUUCCCUGAUGUUUUAGGCGUUAAUGGGUCUAAACCGUCUGGUGAAAUCGAUAGUUACACGAUUCGCCGACGUGAGUCUUAUCGUGAAUAUUCAAUCUCUGCUGCCAGGUUAAGGGUUGAACUUAUGAGUAAGGCCCUUGUUACUGCAGAUCCAUUGGUUGAUAACAAUUACAUGGUCGUGGCAAUUGGGUUCUCUGGAUUGGCUUUCUGUAAGGCAGGAGCUGAUUCAUGGACCCAAUUAGAUCGACCAAAUUUGGAGAACGGCCGGUUAUGA